AGCAUGAUGUCCUAAAAACGCGCCAGGCCCACCCUCGGGGCUGACGGACCACCACACGACAUAUGUAAUAAAUCGGAAAUGAAAUUAGAUCCGGAUAUUAUCGCCUAUUUCUCGGGGCGACGGCAGCCAAUCAGUGACGAGUACUUUCGCCUUUCCUCCCUCCAAUUCAGCAGCUGAAUCAUUUGUAUCGGUGGUGUUUGUGUCUUCGAGAAGUCCUGCUGUUUUUAAGGUGUAAAUGGUACAAAAUGGACCAGGAGGCCGACAAAACGGACGGACAUACAUCCCGUGACAAAUCUGUCGUUCGGAUGACCGGACGGAAGCUGCUGCGGACGCCCAAAUGCGCCCGCUGUCGAAACCAUGGAGUUGUGUCGUGUCUGAAAGGUCACAAGCGGUUCUGUAGGUGGCGCGACUGUCAGUGUCCGAACUGCCUCCUGGUGGUGGAACGUCAACGUGUGAUGGCAGCACAGGUGGCGCUGAGGAGACACCAAGCCUCGGAGAUGACAAUCACUUUGAAGGACAAAGUAAAAACGGCAACUCAGAUACUCCAACACCGGAAGCUGUUACAGCGCAAUCUCAGAAGUCUACAACAACAAUCAGUGUCACGUGAUGUCCUCACAAAAUACAAAACAAAACCAGCUGUUUACAACUCGGAUGGAAAACACCUGCCGCCUAUAUUCAACGAACGCAUGCGCAAACGAAGAUGUUUUGCCGAUAAAGAGCUUGAACUUGCGAUGUUUGAACGCGAGAGACAAAAUGAAAUAUUACAAACGAAAGUGAAUGUUGGCAAUCCCUUAGGGAACGGAAGUUCUCUAACAGGACUUGUCGGGACGGAUAUUUCGGAUAUGACAACAGUGUUUCCCAGUGUCCCACGUGACUUCCUGCAACAAAUAUUUCCCUUCCACAGCUCAAGUGUGUUAGAAUUAGUCUGGCAGGGUUGUCAAGGAAAUCUGCAAAAAGCAAUUCAACAAAUCGCCUGUAAUGUACCAUCCAUCCCAUCUGGUCUUUCGUCACUUCCGGUACCGGAAGUUAUUCACCGGAACGUGUUUUCUUACGUCAAAGAUUCGCACUACAUGGGACUAGAGCACAUAAAGGAACCGGAAGUCGACGUCUACGACGGUGGUCAGUCCAUCAGGAAGCAACAUAGAGAGGCGGGUUGUAACGUACCCAAAACUGACGUAUCUCUUUCAGAAUCAAAAGUUACGAAUGUGAAAAAGACCUUAGGAGGUGACUCUCGCGAGACAGUUGUUCCCAAAACUGCUAGGCUCAAGUUUUCUGUUGCCGCAAUUAUUGGAGAAUUAUGAAUUCGUGUUUCCACUUUUUCUGGAUUUCUCUGUGUGUGAAACAAAGUGUUGGAGUUUUGUGUGUGUGUAUGUGUGUUUUUGUUUACGACCUUCUUUGAAAAGUAACAGUUUACACUUAAUCAAACACACAGCGACUGUGUAAAUAUUGCAUGUGAGGUUCCACGAGUUUCUGUAUUUUACCUACUGUUAUUAUUCGUACAGUACAUAAUAAAGUUGACAGCAUAUAU